UUCUCCGCACUUUUGACCUCCGUGAGUGAUGACCUCAAUGCCACACUUGAACAAUUAUCUAAUGCAACUCCUUCUCAUGUUAUAGAGGAUGGUAAGUGCAGAUUAGCACAACUAUUUUUAGGAUGCACUUUUAUUAGCUUCUCUGCAAGCUCGGCCUCUCUCUCAGUACUUGCGCGGCCCUCUCUAACACAACUAUUAUCAGGAAUAUCAGAACUAUUUUCUCUUACUCUUCAUCCUCUGCCUAAAACGAUUAUCAAUGCAUAUAUCGUUUACUCUGGACUUGUUUCUGAAGGUGUUGGUCACUGGAUACUUCCAAAGGGAAUCUUCACUCCUUCACUUUUGCUUAAUCACCUUAAUAGCAUCAGCAAAUUGGUUUCCGCAAAAUGUCCUGCUGGUGGGGACACUUCACCUGGGUGCCGCUUUAAUUUGCGCAUCUGUUCAACUGCUAUAUCUUCUGGUGGCGAUUGGCGGCACUUACUUUCUUCCACCUCCUGUCCGCUCAAGCGUUAA